AUGGACUCAACGGCAGCACGAAACACCGAUUCCCCAACCGUGGACGAUGAUGUGAAUGUCCAGGACGCCGUGGGGAGCCGACCGCGACCACCUCGCAGUCUGCACUCUGCCCACUCGGUCGGUCGGUUGCAUCACUCCCCGAACACCACUCCGAUGACACCCUCCACGUCCAGGGCGACCUGGAACACUCGCACCCCCCUGCGGUAUCCCUCGCAGGCGGACAUGCAGAGCACGAACCUUGACAAGCCAAACGGCGAACCUGUACCCUCCGGAGUGGAUACCACUUGUAACAUCCAGUCUCCAGGGCAGUCUGAUUCGCCUGUAAGUACUGGCGGAUUUUUUCGGUUGACUUUUUUAAGAAGUCGAGCGUUUUCUGGUCAUGUUUUGUCAAUACUAAUAGCAGUGAUAAGUCAGUCCAUCGCAAGCGAUGAGAACCACCAUUCGGUGGUGAUGUAUAGGUAAUUUUUUAAUAAUUAAGUAUCGCAGCAUUUAUAUCACCCUCUUCACGCAGUCAUCACGCUUUAAUAGGAAAGCGGGGUCAAGCCGACUGGGCGUGAGAUCGGACAGGUGGUUAACGUGACACGAAGCCCCCACCUACUGUAUGACACGUACACAGACACACUGUGUCGCCCAUGGGCACAGUGGCUGACGCAGCGUGAGGGUUUGCAUCUCGGCUCGCCAGCUCACCCCUACCUCUCCCCGUGUAUGACAGUAGUUAUUGCCUCUCGCGGACUCUGCGAUACCCAAUUGACGCCUGUCAUGAGCCGGUCUGAUCCCCGCCUUGAUCCAAUACAUCUACAGCGCAACCUUUUGUGGGGGGGGACCAGAUCGUGUGUGGCACGUGUAGGCAUACUGUUCAGCUCUCUUUGCCACUGCGCCCUCGCCCAUCUCCGGUUGUCCACACUGCUACCUCUCCGUAGGCAGUCAACCAGCCGGUGGGCCUAUUUAAUCUCACUGUUUUCGCGACCCUCGCCUUUUCUCAAGUCGUUUAUGCGAGUUCCUUGCAGAUUGUCAAAAGGUGUACUUGUUACCCGGUUGUAAAUCACUUGUCGGCAUAUGCCUGUGUUGUACCAGAUAGUCAAAGGUAGGUGGAAUGCUAAUUAACAGUCAGCCAAUAUGGCACCAUCAGAGUCAGGCCACGCUACCUAACUGGUGUAAUGGGUAGCUUGGUCAUUGGCAAUCCGUGCAUCAAGCCAGUCUUUCCUGCGUAACCUUCAGUUUUCCUAAUUCACUCAGGAGAAAUCAAUAAGGCCUCCAAAAGGUUACCUCAGGCCUGUAGGAAUGCCCACUUGUUCAAAACUGUGCUUCUUCUGCAACCAGAUCUGAUUGACUAGACGACACAGUAUCGUGAGUCACCCAUUGGCUCGUGCCUGGAGUGUGAGGUAGCGACUCAGGCAACUGAUAAGCAUGUCACUGCUAGUGUCUCUAGUGUGAGUUUCGCCUCGUUGGAAGUUAACUUCCGUUCCAUCUUGAAUAUGAAAUCAAGAUCCCGCAAUCGUUAGCCCCUCUACGACGGAUGACCGAACUUUGGUUGUUCAUCCUUCGAACGCUACGAGGACCAACACGACCCGGGCAGACAGCGAUGACCUGCCGUAUUCUCUCACAUAACAUCUCCUGUGACACGGAUAUGUCUGGACGAUCGGAGGUAGGCCUAGGCCCAAUGACUGAUCACGGUAUUCCCGCAUACCGCACGCAUAGUGAUUCUUCAAAUGACGCGGACAGAUGUGUCGCGACAGCCAAAGCCAUGUGCAGACUCCAACCGCCACAAUUUCCAGGCCAGGUCCUGUGUGGUAAAAGCUGAAGUUAGACGUCAGCAGGCCGUAGAAUAAGAGGGAAAAUAUGCCGGAGCAAACUGGCAGACAGACGAGAGGCGCACGCGUUCUCCCCCGCCGCCGCCGCCGCCGCCGCCGCCGCCGCCGCCGGAUGUCUUGAGCGAGGGCGUGUCUGCGUUCGCCUUGAAGUUGAUUGGCCAGUUUCGACAGCCAUGAUUGGUAGAACGCUAAAGUCUCUCCAUUUCAGUGAUUGGCCAGGCGCAGUGAGAGCGUCAUGAUGAGGUGUGGGAUGUCAGAUGGACGCCAGACGAAGGCGCAAUGUUGGAGCUAGCGCCGGGAGUAGGGCCAUCCCAGAUGGGCGCUAGCACCAAAAUCGCGUUGCCAUUGGUGUCACGUGGAGGUCGAUUUGAGCUGGAGCGGGGGUGAUGUGUCAAGGUUGCGUGAAAGAAACUAUGAUGGCCCUGUCUGUAGAAGGUCGUCGAUGGCCAACACAGUCGAUCCGGCAAGUGGGAUUUGAAAAUGAGCAAAAACCGGUCGUCAGCAGCUAUGCGCACUUGAUCGUUGAUGUUAGGUUGGUGUACUAGAGAGGGCCAAUUGAUGUAAUCGAAGAUUGGAAGCCGAAAUAGGCGGCGGGGGAUUCUGGAGGAUGAUGAUCUGCUGGUUUCGCAACCGCAGCAACACAAGGGCGAUCCCGAUAAAACCCAACCAAAAUGAGUUCGUUAGACAAUCAUGGCAGGGAAGAAGGGCAUGGGCUAGAUCGCGGUUGGUAGCCAAGAAUGGGGAAGCGGGCGGCGACCUUAACCCUAAUCCUAACCUGAACCUUAAACGUUAAUCCUAACGGCAACCCUAACCCAAACCGAAAUCGCAAACGUAACCGUAGCCCUUAGACAUAGCCCUAACUGUAAAACCUAAACGUAAUACUGAAACCUAGUCGUAGACUCAAACCCUAACCGUAACCAGAAUACCUAAGCCUAAAGGGCAUAACCCUAGCCCGAAAGUCGGAAACCAUUAACCGGUCCCUAAUCCUGACCUCAAACGUAAAACGGAAGCCAAAUGGGUCAGAUGUGAUUAUGUAGCCCCAGAAAAUAGCCCCAGUAAUCAAACCCCCCAGCCACCUGUAAUACGGGGCCUGGCUACCAAUUGCGAUCUAGCCGAAGCGCUUGUGUUUGUCAAAUACGUGUAACCUGAGAGUUUGUAGAUUUUCAAAAGUACGUAAACUAUUGUGCAAUUGGGAUUUGCUGAUUCACCACGUACUGGCUCAGAGCAUUCGAGACCAAGUUUUGUAUUUCACCAAUUCACACGCGUUCUUCACAGCAUGAGUGUUUUGAAUGACUAACUCAAGUUGAACUAAGUAGCAUCCACUUGCCUGUCUAUCCCAUGCCCUGUGCGCGCGGCUGUCAGGACUACUUCAAACUCAGCCUGCCCUGCGUGCAAAAUUCCAUGUGCACCAUUCGUCGCAUAAUAGCGGUUUAUGACCGUCAUAAAAUCAGUCGACUCUAUGUAUGGAACAAGGGGUUAGGGAAUUAUUCUUAGCCGAUGGUGCAUGCGUGCUCGUACAAACACUCCUGGGAUCACCCUUCUGGGCCGCUUUAUGACUUUCCUAGAGUUCCUACUUGACACUAUAGUCGGUGAUCGCUAUUUCAAGUCUGCGUCCACUGGGUCUGAACUGGAUCAAAGAUAGAUGCAUGUUGGGUCAGGCUUGUGGUGAAAAAUUUAUGGGGACUUGAGAGUCCAGACAGCGAUUUCACAGGUCUUGCAUUAUAAGCAGCGACAUACGAGGCACACUGUCUGAUGGAAAUCCGGCUAAUUACGGUAUUUAUAUGUUCGCAGUCCAGCAGAAACUUUGACAUCGCCUCUCGUGGGGACGUUGAAUGCGCCUUUUUCGAUUUCUGAUUGCGGUAACACAAGCCUUGCUGUUUCGCACGAUUUAUAUCUAAUGGGUUGCAAUAAGGACCUGAGAUAUCUGUUAGAUUAACCAGCUGUAUCACUGGCAGUACCUAAAUCGAGAUGACAAGCCAAUAAAAUCAAAUCCGAUAGCGUCUGGUGGCUAAGCCUGUCGUGAGUGGUUCGGCUGAAGCUGUAUUUUGUCUAUUCUACCCUUCUUAUUUACGAAUCCGACGGAGGAACUUUCGCAUGCUGUUGUUUGCGUACGCCGUUGGAACGCCGAGGAUGUGUUACCAAUCGCUAAAGUGUUAUUUGGGACUAAUCCAAGAAAAUCUUCUCAACCAGUUCGAAAGCCCUCUCUAUCUGCCCUGACCUGAACCAACAAGUGGUAACAAUCGGGAGGUGGCACCCAAAAAAAUUCGCUACCUAAAAAUAAUACAUUUAACAGUAGACUCAAGCGCCUUCAGGCUAUAUCAGCGGUUUCAGGCCUACUUUCAUGCACUAUUUGGACUUUCCGCGACGGCCUAACAUGGGCUGGCCGAAUGAACAUCGCAGGUUACAUGGACGAUGGUCGCUGUUGCCCAACCUUCCGCAUCUUUACACACGUACACCAGAAUAUACGGCAUACAUUCCCACUAUGGCAGUUUAUUACAAAACAAAGUCACUUUUAAAUAGGAUAAGUCUGCACAACAUGUGACAGGAACAGUUCCCAGGCAUCUUUCAAAGACAUGGCAUUGAGGCCAAACCAAAGACGAUACUGUACUUCGUCUAUGUGAGCCCACACAGCUUGACCACAUACAGGGCCUCCCUCAUAGAAUUUCCUUCUCAGCCUACUCCAGUAUGCCUCAAUGGCAUUGGUGUGCCGUCCGGUGGUAGGGUCCUUGAAGUUCUUUGAGUGGUUAACAGAGAAAUGUAGAUAACCUUCUGAGGGGAGGCGAUUAUACACCUUCCAGUCGUCCGUUACCACUGUACUGCCUUUGGCGACCCAUUUUGUAAUAACGUAACGGAGAGCGGGCCAACUUCGAUCAUACACCUCUUCAAAUAGGGCUUUCCGUCAGCUAGUAUCGUACAUCCCGACCAGCUACCACCCAUAAAACCCUUAUUACUACCUGUCCCGUAAGACAGGCUGCUUUGGUUAGGCGGAUUUUUUUGGAUGCCAUCUCCCGAUUGCUACCGAACAAGUCCGUUUUCUUAAUGCUGAUUGAACCGCUUAGUUGUCGGACGUAAUUUUUUGGCUUGUUGGUUUAAUUUCAUUUCGCAGGUCUUGCAUGAUGGGCAGUGACAAUUGCAGCAGCUAGCAGGUAUGAGGCACUAUGUCUAAUGGAAAUCCAGCUAACCACGCUACUUCUAUGUUCGCAGUCCGGCAGGAACCUCGACAUCGCCUCCGGUGGGGAAUUUAAAUGUGCCUUUUUAAAUUUCUGAUUGUGGUAACACAAGUCUUGCUGCUUCGCACGAUUUAUAUCAGCUGGGUUAAAAUAAGUAUCUGAGAUAUCUGUUAGAUUAACCUGCUGCAUCACUAACAGUGCCUAAAUCGAGAUGACAAGCCAAUAAAUUCAAAUCCGAUGGCGUCUGGUGGCCAAGCCUGUCGUGAGUGGUUCGGCUGAAGUUGUAUUUUGUCUAUUCCACCCUUCUUGCUUACGAAUCCAACAGAGGAACUUGCUCAUGCUGUUGUUUGCGUACGCCGUUGGAAUGCCGAGGAUGUGUUACCAAUCCCUAAAGUUUUAUUUGGAACUAAUCCAAGAAAAUCUUCUCAACCAGUUCGAAAGCCCUCUCCAUCUGCCAUGAUCUGAAGAAACAAGUCCGUUUUCUUAAUGCUGAUUGGACAACUUGGUUGUCGGUUGUUGGUUUAAUUUCAUUCUGGCUACUUUGUUAAUUUAAAUCAAAAUCUCCUAAUCUUCACCCACAGUCUCCCUCUGUCCUUGAUCUGUCCAAUCCCGUUGUGCAAAACGGAGCCCGGGCUGCUACGACCAGUCUCCUCGCUGCUGAAAAGUUCACAGAGGCCCGGGAUGCUGCCUCGAAUUCGUCUGACUCGAAGGAGACCACGCCAAUUCCCGAAAACCAGCGGGCCCCGGAGCAGCUCUUUAUUGCUUUUGAAGAUCCACAAUCGGAGGUGAGUUUGAAUCUAUCAUACUAGUGUCCAAACACCACACCCACUCUCAUCGCCGACUGAGCGAGACCACAUGAAGAGCUAGUUGGCCUCCAUCCAUCAGUAUACCCACCUCAAAGCCCCGGCGACCAGCCAAGCCGGCCCGAUCCUCCGGACCACUGUCUCGGGUUAGGGAGGCCUUAGCGCGUUAGGAAAACCAGACAGUCACUUGCGGCCACGCAUUCAUUAAGUGAAUAAUCGGUGCCGCAACGUUGGCUUGCUAACACGCGCUGAUAUCAAUGGAGAAAGAGGCGUUCGCCGGGUGAGGUGUCUAGUAAUGGUUUCGGUUACUAGUAUUCAGAGCUUGGAGAUUCAUGUACACUCCUCUCACAAUAUAUGGCGCACUUUGCCUUUUGCGUACGCUACCAAUGCCCCUUACGGAAGGUGAUUGGAUCACCCUUUCACCUGUCCCCCUCGUUCCGAUGAUGGCGGUGAUAAUUGACAGCCUCGAUUGUUUCAUGCCCUUAUCGUCCCCUGUCAAGUUGGUUCGCAAAACCUGAGACAAGUUUAUGUGGCGGUAGUUUGAGCCAUCGAUAGAUAUCGAGAUCUUCACCUGUCUGCUAGUGCGUGAUCAUCGCCUGGACCUAGAAUCUCAAUGGCGUGAAGGUUGACGAUGUUUGUCCUUUUCUGAGAUUGCGUGCAACCUUUCGAACGGCCAACUACUGCUCGUGCGAUCACGUUCGCAGCCGUCGUAAUUGCACUCCCCACAGCUGCACUUAAGUCGGUAGACAGCGGCCGACCGCCCAUGACUAGAGGUGAGAUCUUCUGACUGCAUCGAUUGCUGGUGGUUUGUUGAGCCAGGCUUGUGAGCAACUUCUAUUACAAGUGACGCGAGGGAUUCUUGUACGGUCUCAGAGAUCUCAUUCACACACUGAACGCGUCACUGUGAUUUCCGCUGACUGCACUCCUAAUUUCGAAGCGUUAGGCCCAAAGUAAACCUCUCCCGUUGAGCGCUCCUUCUUUUGACAGUCCACCUGAGAAUCGCACUUUCUCCACUAUUGAACUCGAAUAUGUCCUACCUGAUCUAGCCACGUGCACUCACGUGCAAAUGUUGUUACGUGAAAAGUAUCGAUUUUGGCGUUAGUGCGCUAAGUGUGCAGGUCUUCCUAUUUCCCUAAUCUGGUCAGGAACAACUCCUCUCUUACAUUUUAUUGUCACUUCAGACGUGUUGAUGGUGACUGACCCACUGCCCGCACUGUAGAGUUCGCAGUUCCCGAAGUCUGGAAGAAGGAGACGCAAUCGCAUGAAUAGAACUUUUAUUUGCCUGACGUUUCGGAUCCACACUCGAACCAGUCAUCAGAGAGAAUUAUGUAAAGGGGUUCGUUUACGAAACCUGCCAUUUUUCCAGAUAUAGUUCAGUACUUAGCGAGUGCCCAGAGUUUCCUUCACGAAACCAUGGAGAAAAAUCUGGAAUUCAGAUGGUUCGGUCUAUGAACUCAAUGUCUAGCCGCAGGUGCCCAUUGUGCGCCUUUAAAUACAGUGGGCUCGCUGAUUAUUUUUAGCCUGUCACCAGAUCCAUUGGGCGAUCUGUCUUGCGUUAAAUUGUACCUUUUGCCGAACGGAAAGGCAGAUUUGUUUUCUAAAGACCCCUGAAACAGAUCAGGUAAGCAUCGGGUGAAAAACCCCAGAAAAACACCCACACGACCAACCAAAGGUGUCUGUCUUGCGGGAAAAGGUGGUAAUAACGGUUUUACGGGCGGGGCCUAUGUAUGCCUGGAGGAAUGGCAAAAUAAGUAUAGAUAAUUGUUAAAUUCGUUUUUCGGACAGAAAAGUUUUAAUGAAAUGACAUAUAGCAACCGAAAUUACGCAUGACAAUUAAAAAAAUGAACAUUAAGUUUUUUUGAAAUCUCUGAGCUGAGGUCAUUGUAGAUAAGGCACCAGACCGUCUACAACAGACGAUGAAACGCCAAAGCGAAAUAAUCGUGUCGGACUAAAACCAACUUAAAUAAGUAUAAUAGGUAUUCUUUGUAUGCCACAGAUGCUUGGGGGCCUUUACCCGAUCCUUACCACAAAUCACUCUAAAAGAAUGUCCUUUCUAGUGGAAUUUUUACUGCGGAAACAUAAUGCACUUCUAAAUGCCGAGUUUCUUAAAGAUAGGGAUUCUCGCAACAAUUGUAUUUUUUUAGGAGGAUAUCGUCAGGCCUUUCUUGAAGACUGUUUUUUAGGAGUGAGAUUACCGCAGGCGCCUAGGAGAUCCUCAGUCGAAUGAGGAUUCACUCAUGUGCUUGCUUCUGUUUAAGGACCUAGUCCAAUCAAUGCUUCGCGAUUAUUGGUGCCUACUGCGAUGAAGGUUUCAUCUGUUAGAGCAGCGUGCACCAUUGUAAGUUGCUUCCUGUCACGUGGAACGUGGUGACUGCUGCUACUGCUCUGACAUGUUUGGAGACUCAGAAGAUGAAGAUGCGAUCAUUGGAACAAGAAAUUUACUGGCCUGACGUUUCGGAUUCUCACUUCGGAAAUGCCACUUCAUAUUGGCCCAACUGUGAAAAACUCUGUGCCUCGGUGGGAUUCAAACCUACGUCAUCAGGGAGAAGGCUUUAGUACGGCCAGCGCUCUAGCCGCCUGGGCUGCGAUUUAGUUUAAAUUAGGCAAUUCCUUGUGUUCGAGCAAAAAAGUGUCACGGAGGAAUGAACAGGGAAACGAUGACGGCCCAAGUAGGGAGAUCGGUAAAGUCCACUUUAAUGUCUUGAAUGCGGUAUACUCUGUCUUUUUAGCCUUUUAUAUUCACUGUCCCUUUUGAGUUCUAAGUAUGCUCGUUCUGGAUUUUUCUGGAUACCAAAUCUGUAUGAAGGGGGGGGGGGGUUGGAUCCUGAUUCGUACUCACUGUCAUGAAUCUGCUGAUGAGAGAGAACAGAUCGUGUGCAAUUAAGUUAGGCUAAUGCAUGUUUUACCAUCUUUCCACCUUCCCCUCCCCCGGAUACGGCUUCUAGCGCCUGCGACGAGCUCGCGAACGAAUUGAGGCUCGAAUAGCUGCGGAACGCCGCCAAAACACAGAAAAGACCCUACGAGCCCGGCACGCCAAGCUGGAGGCUCAGGUUCUUGGGGAGUUGACGCAUCGUCAAGAGCUGGAUCUCCGCCGCGAGGAGGAAAAAUCUCCUGAUCCUUCAUCGGUUAGCUCUUUUUGUUAGGUUUUUAAUUUCUACCCGCACUUCAGUGACUACUUUGCCGCGCAUUUUUCACUUACAACUGCCGUUUAUAGCGGAUGGUAGUGUUGCCUCCCAGUCUUUUGCACAUCCGCCGUUUUUGGGAGUCAGUAGGUGAGCCAACUCAUGAAAUGUCAAUCGAAAUUGCGUAAUGCGUUUUAAAGCGAUUAAUUAACUAGGGUUGUAAAGCUAAUCAUCGUGCAGCAUAGUUCUAUAAUAAUUCAUUUACCUCAGGAUGCCGGCUUUCGACCGAACUUCUUUUCGGCUGCAUGAAAAAAAACAAUAUUCUGCAAAAAAUGACUACUUAUGCAACGUGCAUUUUUCAUAUUGAUUUUCGAUGCCCUUAAAAAUUUAAUUAUCUUUCACGGAAAGCAUGCAUAAAAUAUUCAUUCUAUUCAUUCUUUUAUGUUCGUAGGAAGGGUAUAAUUCGGUUUUCAAAACCUUUUCUUAUUCGCGAAUAGUUUUGAACCCGACCGGCCGUUGGACUUGUAUUCAAUGUUUACAAACUUCAAGCCGUAUAUUUUCCGCGGAUGGAAAACCAUACACUUCUCCACGAUAUUAAGAGGAGACCAUAUGGGGUUCAUAAAAUUUAGCAGUGAACUUGAGCCAUAUUAUAAAAUCUAAAAGCAACAUUAGUAAAUGCGGCCACACGAUGUUCUAUAAGCGGGAAUUUCACGGUACAAAGAAAUUUCACAACUAGAAACUUUUUAAAACCAAAUUAUACCCUUCGUCGAAGGUAGAAUUAAAAGAAGACGUAAGUUUCUACGGAAUAAGCAAAACACACUUUGUAAAAAAAUGAAUACUUAAGUAGCUUGCAUUUUUCCCAUUGGUUUCCGUUUGUCUUAAUAAUUCAGUUAUAUUUCCUGGAAAAUAUGCAUGAAACUAUUCAUUCUUUUAUUUAUUUAAAAUAAAAUUAGACUUCUUUGACUUUUAUACUCGGAGGAAAGGUAUAAUUCGGUUUCAAAGAAGUUUCUAAUUGUGUGAUUUUUAAAUACCGUGAAAUGGCCGUUCAUAAAACGCCAUGUCUCCGCAUUUACCAAUGUGGCUUGUAAAGUUAACAAUAUGGCUCAAAUUCAUUGCCAACUUUUAUGAACUUCACAUAGUUCCCUCUUAAUAACGUAAAGAAAUGAAUGGUUUUCCGUACGCGGAAGAUAUACGGCUUGUAGUUUGGAAACCCUGGAUGCAAGUGUAACGGCGGGCCGGAUUCAAAUUAUACAGGAAUUGGAAUAGUUUUUGAAAACCAAAUUAUACCCUUCCCUCGAGUAUAAAAUUGAAAGGGGAUGCCAUUUUCUACAGAAUGAGUAAACGAAUGAAUAUUUGUAUGCAUGUUUUCAUGAAAUAUAAUUGAAUUUCGGAAGAGCAGUUGGCGAGCUUUCACGUGAUUUCGAGCCUGUAUAAACUGCACACGUGAGUGAUAAGUGCAAUCGAUUACGUUUCGUCCUUUCAUACAAACAAGCGGGGAUGAGGGGGGACGAGCGGAGGAGGCGGUCAGUGACAGUGAGGGUUAAUUUGAGCCGUGUCACAAGGGGGGUGGGAAGGGGGGGAGCCAUCGAAAAUCAAAGAGAAAAAUGAAUGCCAUUUAAGUAGUCAUUUUUCACAGAGUGCGGUUUUUGCAUGCAUCCGGAAAGAAGUUCGUUCGAAAGCCAGCAUCCUGGGGUAACGGAAUUAUUAUAAAGUUAUGCUGUACGAUGGUUAAUUCUACAACCCAAUUUAACUACUCUUUUCGAAACGAAAACGCACUUCGGAAUUUCCGUGGGCACUUCAUGAGUUAGCUCACCUGAUGUAUGUUAAAAAGAUGCUGUGAGAGCAUGACAACCAACAGUAAGCUCUACUACUACUACAAUUCAAACGAACGCUGCCCGGACUUUAUUAAGUAGGGUAAAUAAUAUGAAUGUGUGGAUCCCCAUCUCAAACAAGGAUUGCUUCAUCCUCUUUGAAUCCCUUCGCUAAGCAUCGCAUUGUUCCUCUGUCAGUAGUGCGGGUGCAAACGUGUCACAUUUCCCCCGCUCACUCACCCUAAGGGUACGUCUGCACGCCAGCGCGGCCUGACGCCCACGGUGUGCCUAAAAACGCCUAUUGCUGCGUCUGUUGCUCCGUCUGUGUCUGCUGCACUUAUGACUCAGUCCUGACUCACUGACAGCCUCUCCGCCCUUUCGUCAUGGCUUUACCCAUCGGUUGGUGCACACCGUUAGUCCCCGGGCGAGGCAUGCUGGUUCUGUCUUGGGUGGGGAUAGCUACACGUUGAACUGCGGACUCCCUUACCUUUCCCGGACGGCGAUCUAAGUUGGCAACGGUAUAGAGAAGGACCCCACUUAACUGUCGGUAGACUGUGGCUCGUGUGGGCUUUAUCCUGGCACCCAUUUGCAGACUGUUUCAGAAACUACACUGCCAACCGCGAUUACUUCCCACGACCUCACAUCUUAACUCAAAAUUCGUUAUUUCGUGAAAUUUACUUUUCGUUUAUUUUUUACUUAUCUAAUUAAAACAUACUACUAACUGACUGUCGGCAGUUAAUGAAUAUUACGCGGUUACCCGCUGUGGCUGAAGGACUUUGGCACAAAUAUUCAUGCAUAAAAUUCUCGGUCUGAGCCUAUAGACCUUGAAUAAACUGAUCUACUCCAACUUCGUAGAUAAUUUCUGAGGAAAUUAAAAAGUGACAACUUCUAGAUUGGAAAUGCUGGGGGACCCACUGACGAGCCGAACCCCUCGCAGCUGCGCCAUGCAGCUGCAGAACAUCGGCGAAACGCGCGUGUAUGGGCUUUUGGCUAGUACUUGUACCGUUUGUAUGGUAUCACCUUACCCUAAAGUUUAAUUACUACUCUCAUUUCUGUUGUCGUUUAAUAGCGUAGGAUAAGACUUUCGGCAUAAAUUCAGGCAAUUUUUUUGUUUUCUUUCAUUUUGUCAGCUUACUGUCUAGCGUGCUACAUCACCCAUAAAACUUCCUUUACCAUAAAUCACGUAUGGCACGAUCCACAGUCUACUGACAAUUAAGUGGGAUCCUACUCUAUACCGUUGCCUCUAAGUUAACAAAUAUGCUCGCAUUUUUGCCCCUGAAAAAAGUGGGAAGUUAGAAUUUGAUAGCACCGCGUCCACUAUCACCCACCAUUGGCAACGACGCAAUAUGCGACCUCAUCCGCGGAGCGCGGGGAAUAGACCACCGUGCCUUAUGGGACCGAUGGGAGUAGGGGUUAUACGGGUGAGGCUAAUGGAUGGGAAAGAGAGCGUUGAACAAGGACGAAGUUUUGGAAAAAUGUUCUUAUUCCGUGAAUUGGCUCAGAUAGCACCGAUAACCGAAGGAUGUUAAAUAUAGCGCCUGCGUAAUAAGGCACCAAGUUCAGAGAUCAAGGCAGCCAAAUGACCAAUAGAAACCCAAGGACGAAUGACGUUGGCGAACCCCAUAAGAAUAAAGUGGACACGUUGAGCCAAAGACACGACAUAAUGAUGCAGGGCAGCGAAGCACAGGGUGGCCAGAAAAGGUAAAGUAUACCAAAUUAGCUUGUAUACCAACCGGCAAAUAAGCUGAAUGUGAUAUCUAAGCGAAAGUGAUACAGUUCAGGAAAAGUCGUAAAUAGCGCUUAAAACUGACAUUAUUUGGAAGCAACAAUUUGCUCAGGCAUAAAGCAGGGAUUCAGUCAGCGGGCACGUAUAUCCAGCCUCUGGUUUAUCGUCCCUUUUAGAACCCCAUGGAGCCGCUUUUCCCCGUACACACCACCACAUUUGACAGCAAGCCCACAGCGCCAGCUACGGAGACAUCACGUCCGCCAUCCGCAGCUGGCGCCAAGAAACCUGCGCCCGCGUCCAAUCGCAACGCGGCCGCGACCACUACUCACGCCUCGCGCUGGAGCUCUACCGCCGCCCAGCGUGGCAAGGCCGCCUGUUCCGUGUCCAGCUCCCAGGCCGCUGCUGGCGGCAGCAGGGUGACCUCGAGCAACGGCUCUCGGCGCUUACCAAACGGCGGUGCCUCCGGCAGUGGGGAGACGGAGGGCAGUGAACUGGAGACGGAGGAUACGGAGCGCAAGUUCUGCACCACUCCGCGUCACCGGUCCUCCUCGCGCCAGUCCGUCGGAAAGCUCUCCGCUGGCCGCAGCCUCUCCUGUAGGUGGCGGUGGGAAAUUACUGUUUUUGGGUCAGCUGCCGAAUUUUGUCAUGGCAGGGAAGGCAUCAGUAGUUCCUCUUGGCUGGACUUUGUUCAUACGAUGUCUGGAAGGUACAGUGCGUGACCUAUCUCAUGAAAUGUUGGCUGAAAUUCUGAAAUGCGUUUUCGAUUAGGAAGGAUUACUUGGUCGCGUUUGUGAUAGUGAUUAUCUUAAGACAUACUCUUAUAACAUUUUGGACUCGGCAGGAUGUCGGCUUUUAAAUGCACUUCUUUUCAAUCUCCUGUAGAAAGCGUGCUCGGUAAAAAAUGACUACUUAAGUAGCAUGCAUUUUUCCCAUUAAUUUUCGAUGGUCUUGGAAAUUCAAAUAUAUUUUAUAAAAACCAUUAACAAAAAUAUGCUUUCUUUUAGUCAAUCAAAAGAGAAUUACGUCUUCUUUAUAUUUUAUACUUAAGGAAGGAGUGUAAUUAGGUUUUAAAAAAGUUUUCUAAUUGCCGAAAAAUUUGAAGCCUGAUCAUUCGUUGCAUUAGCGCUUAGUGACGACACUCUACAAGGUGCAUGCGUUCCGCGUAAAGAAAAUCCCAUAUUUUUCUAUGUCAUUAAAGAGAUAUCAUACAGAGCCCAUGAAAUUUCGCAAUGGAUGCGGACCAUGUUGGACAUUUCAUGAGGAGCAGUGGUAAACGGCCAGGUACGAUGCUAUGUGAAUGGACACACCGCGGUCUUAAAAAGUCUCAUAAUUGGAAACCUUUUUAAAAUCUAAUUAUACUCCUUCCUUAAGUAUGAAAUAUAAAGAAGACGUGAUUCUCUAUUGAUUGACUAAGAGAAAGCAUAUUUUUGUUUGUGGUUUCUAUAAAACAUAUUUGAAUUUCGAAAACAAUCGAAAAUAAAUGGGGAAAAUGAAUGCUACUUAAGUAGUCAUUUUUUACCGAGCACGCUCUCCACAGGAGACUGAAAAGAAGUGCAUUCAAAAGCCGACAUCCUGCCGAGUCCGAAAUGUUAUAAGAGUAUGCCUUAAGAUAAUCAUUAGCACAAUCGCGACCAAGUAAUCCUUCCUAAUCGAAAACGCAUCUCAGAAUUUCAGCCAACGUUUCAUGAGAUAGGUCACGCACUGCACAUGAAAUCUCCGCGUAGACAGAACUGGAUAAUGGAGCUGCCCAAGUCGACCCCUGGUCCCCAGGAAGAGCAAAAGACGAAUGACAAGCUGCCUUCUGACUGCAACCUCCCAUUUCUGAGCGAAAUUAAGUAAUGACGACAGGAAUGAAGGCAAACUGUGUCGCCAUAGUAAUCAUACAGCAGAAGGCGGUUUGUUCAGGUGUGUUUAUGUAGCCGCACCUGAGGUAAACAAACCCAGCCACCUGUAAUACGGGACCGAUGACAGGUGGGGCAGGGGAACGCACAAGCGACGAUGUCAAGCAAUUAUAUGCUAAAGAAAAGCUAUUGGGAAUGCGCGGUUGUACUCUGAGUGGUUGAGAAAUAGUUCCAGCCGUUGAGGGCGUUUUAGAAUGUUCCUGUCCCGGGCGUGCUGGUCGCUGAUUGGCCACCGCGUGCGCGAUAGCCUCCCGCGCGAAAACGUCUGGAAUGUUCGACCAGCCAUUGAUUAGGCCGCACACGUGAGCAAAGCCAUCACACGUGCUCGGCGCUGCAGUGCACACCGGUCGGCCGUCUAACUUCACGCGUGUCUCACGCCGCCGGCUUGGUCCCCUGUUCAGCGCCUUAGGCGGUGGCUCUACGCCGCUUGCACUCUCCAUAACACCCAAUCAUCGGCCCUUUUUUUAUCGUCUCUGCCUGCUCUACAGCUCUUCAUCGGCUAACAAGUGGUGAGGACAGCGCGUACAGCGGACCCGGUCUACCGGUCGCUGGUCUUCCCCAGACACGGCUCUACGCAAAACCAAAACCAAAAUCCAACAGAGCAGUGAUUGUCAACGCCAUCAGUCACUGCUGUCUGGCCGGCACGGUCAAUGAAUCUAUCAAGAAAACUACGCUCCAGGUUAGUUCUAUACUCCCCACCUGUCUUGACUGCUAGUCUUCUUCAGGUCAUUGGAGUCAAAGUUUUCUUCUUCAAAGCUACGGACUAUUGCCAGCCGUCUGUCGCAUUGUUCUGCAGCAGAGUUUAGCAAGUCUUAAAAGACCUGUCCAUUGGAGUUUGGCUAAGUCAUUUGUGGUGAUAGGGGGCGCUCACCGAUCCUUCUUACGGAACUCUCGUUCCGUUGUGCCUUACGGGCUCUCUCUCGAGCCCAACCAGCAGCCGCACAGCGGCGCAUCAUAUAGGCAGUAUUUUAUUACCGACAAAGACAAGGGAGACUGGAGUGGCCAUUUCUGACUUAUUAGCUGUCGUUAGCCAGUCAUGCGCAAGCCCGAAGUGUGGAACACCCGAGGCUCGAACUCGCGACCUGUUAGUUAGAAGUCCACGCCUCUAAACACUGAGUCACGAGCCUGUUAUCCUGUCGGUUUCGAUCGGGAAUAUACAAUAGUAGGGGGACGAGUGAGUUCCAUAGAAAACGAUCGGUAAGCGCCCUCUACCAUUGUAUAUUAUCGAUCGAAACCGACAGGGCAACGGGCUCGUGGCCCAGUGGUUAGAGGCGUGGAUUUCUAAUCAACAGGCCGCGGGAUCGAGCCCCAGGCGUUCUACACUUCAGGGUUAGGUAUGACUGGCUGACGAUGGCUAAAAAGCCAGAAAUGACCAGCCCAGUCUCCCUUGUCUUUGUCGGUGAUAACAUAGAAGGCCACACUAAGAAAGAGCCGUUGAAGCCUGACUCUCAAUCAUGGAAAUAGUCAAGCUAUCCUUCCAACCUGCGACUCUUAGCUCGUCAUGAUAGCAGUCAGCACACCAGCUUUGCCAUACUGAGGAAUGGGGUGAUUUGUCGUGAGGCAAGAUUCGCCGGUGUCGGCUUUGCUCUCUCGUACGCCAGCCUGCCAACCACCUGGGGCUGGACUCGGACGCAGUGGUUGAGGGCGCACGAUGACCUGCGUCCAAGCACGGACUCAGCUCAGUCUGCUAAUCGCGUGCCCCGCGUCGAUCUGAUCCCCCUUUUGGAGAUCAAUCUCGCAGUGCCUAGUAGCCAGGCACAAUUCAUGAAACGGACUCUCUUAUGCCCCGCAAGAAGAUGAGGGGACAAUCCUUCUCGCUGUCUUCCAAAUUUGUCUGUUCAAUUUUGUGUGACCCCGGGGAAGGUGGGGGGGGGGGGUAGGGGAGUCAGGGCUGCCGGCACCUCCCUUCUCUCUGAUGUACACUGAUCCGAGUUUUUUUGUAUUAGUUUCCUCAUAGUCAUACGUGCUUAUCCCGUUUUCGCUCUUAAUGCCUCGCAGGAACUCGCGGCAGUGGAUGGAUCGCACUUCAUCGUUCUUUUCCGCGACUCACGUUGCCAGUAUCGAGCUCUUUAUGCGUUCGAUCCUGAGUCAGAAGAGCUUCAUUUGAUUUCCGGUAACGGCCCUCGUAAAGUAAUCCAUAAAAUGGUGGACAAAUUUUUCAAGUAAGUUUUAUCGUCCUGUUAACUGUUGGUACCAUUUCUGGCUUUAUUUUGAACCCCCCUUAUUGACGGCUUUUUAAAUAGCCGAAUGCUCCUUCCUCAGAAUCUCUGCAGUUUUCUCUCGUUCAAGAGUUGCAUUUGAACAUAUGACUCCGACGCAGCCGUCUAAAAUUUCUUUUUUACCCCAGGAUUAUAAUCUCUUUUUGCUGAUCGUCAGUAGGAACUUCGGAGAACUUUGCGCUUCCCGUUUUCCGCCUCCUAUCGGUGCAGCUUUCCUAACGCUUUUGUCCAUUUCCCUUUUAUCUUUCGUUAAAGAUACAACAGCGGCCUCAAACAGUUCACAGAAAUAACGUCUACAAAACACUUGAGCACUGUAGUGGAUGCCAUCACUAUUCAGAACAACUUCUGGGCUCGAAAUUCUUCUAUCGCCUCUACGACCGCGACUGCCAGGGGUAGCCUGACUCAGUCCGUAAAUGGUGGCCAUUCAUAA